AUGAGGGUUUCUUUACUUCCCCUACUGGCAUCCGCCACGCCAAUCUUUGCAGCAGCAGGAGAUGGAGACUGGGCGACGGCGUAUUCGAAAGCCAAGACGGCAUUGGCAAAGUUGUCGACUGCCAAUAAGGUAACGAUGGUGACGGGGAUGGGAUGGGAGAAGGGACCAUGUGUGGGGAAUAUUGCUGCUAUUGCUGCCAUUGGGUUCCCAGAGCUGUGCUUGCAAGAUGGACCUCUGGGGGUGAGGUACGCACAACAGGUUACUGUUUUUCCAGCUGGCAUAAUGGCAGGAUCAACAUGGGAUACAUCUCUGAUGUAUGCCCGAGGUUAUGCUCUUGGUUCUGAAUCAAAAGCACUCGGUGUCCACGUACAGUUGGGUCCAGUCGGUGGACCUCUUGGAAAGAUCCCUGAGGGAGGACGAAACUGGGAAGGAUUCUCCAAUGACCCAUAUCUCUCAGGUGUUGGUAUGGCAAAUACUAUCAAUGGCAUGCAAGCAGCAGGUGUUCAAGCAUGUGCAAAGCACUACAUCGGCAACGAGCAAGAACUCAAUCGUAAUACUCAGAGUGCUAACUUUGACGAUCGAUCAAUUCAUGAGCUCUACCUCUGGCCGUUUGCUGAAGCCGUCAAGGCCAAUGUCUCUUCCGUUAUGUGCUCAUAUAAUAAAAUCCACAGUACAUGGUCAUGUGAGAGUGAGACGAUGCUUGAUCUAUUGAAAGAAGAGUUGGACUUUCAGGGGUAUAUAGUGAGCGAUUGGGGUGCUCAACACACGACAGCUGGAAGUGCCAAUGCUGGCAUGGACAUGGCUAUGCCAGGUGACAAUUUUGGUGAUAACAAGUUCCUUUGGGGCUCUGCUCUUACAUCUGCGGUCUCAUCGAAUCAAGUCUCCGCCUCUCGUCUCGACGACAUGGUGACCCGCAUCCUCGCCUCCUGGUAUCUAGUCGGUCAAGACAGUGGCUAUCCCACAGUCAAAGGCUGGUCAUCCUGGAAUGGAGGCAAGGGUGGUCCCAAUGUCCAGGGCGAUCACAAGACCGUCGCUCGAGCAAUUGCUAGAGAUGGGAUUGUGUUGUUGAAGAAUGAGGGAGGGGCUUUGCCUUUGAACAAACCGGCCAGUUUGGCGGUGGUGGGUUACGAUGCUGUAACGAAUCCGCAAGGUGCGAAUGGGUGUGUUGACCGGAAGUGUGAUAAUGGAACUUUGGCCAUGGGUUGGGGCUCUGGAACCGCCGAAUUCCCUUAUCUUAUCGCGCCCCUCGAUGCCAUCAAAGCUCAAGUUACAAAAGACGGUACCACUCUUACGACAUCCACUUCUGAUACUCCUAGUGCUGGUGCGGCUGCCGCUUCUUCAGCUGCGACAGCAAUUGUAUUUCUCAACUCCGAUUCUGGUGAAGGGUAUAUCACAGUUGAAGGAAAUGCUGGUGACAGGAACAAUCUUGAUCCAUGGCAUCAUGGGAAUGAUCUUGUUGCUGCAGUCGCGGCGGUGAAUAAGAAAACGAUUGUUGUAGUUCAUUCAGUUGGACCUUUGAUCUUGGAGAGUAUUUUGGCAAGUCCAAAUGUGGUUGCAGUCGUCUGGGCUGGAAUUCCAGGACAAGAAUCCGGCAAUGGACUCGUCGACAUCCUCUACGGGUCUACAUCACCAAGCGGCAAGUUGCCGUACACAAUCGCCAAAGCAACGGCAGACUACGGUACUGCCGUAAGCGCAAGCGAUGAUCCAUAUACCGAGGGACUUUUCAUCGAUUACCGACAUUUCGAUCAGAAAGCCAUAGCCCCUCGCUACGAGUUCGGCUUUGGACUCUCAUACACCACCUUUUCGUACUCAAAUCUCACGAUCUCGGCUUUGAGCACCGCGGCUGGCAGCACAGCUAUGGCUCCUGGUGGCCAAGUUGGACUUUAUGAUAUCGUGGCUACUGUUUCUGUCACGAUUACGAACAACGGGACUGUGGCAGGAGCCGAAGUCCCGCAAUUGUACAUCGGGCUUCCAUCUUCAGCACCGAGUACACCGGCCAAGCAGCUGAGAGGGUUCGACAAAUUGAGUCUUGCAGCUGGAGCGAGUGGGACGAGUACUUUCAAGUUGAGAAGGAAAGAUUUGUCUUAUUGGGAUACGACAAGUAAGAGCUGGAAAGUGCCAACAGGAGCUUUCAGUGUCAUGGUUGGUGCUAGCUCUAGAGAUAUUAGGGUGACGGGCACACUGCAGUGA